CGCCGCCGCCGCCGCCGCCAGCGCCGCCGCCGCCUCGGUGGCCGCCUCCGCUCCGGUCGCUUCUGGCUUCUCAAGCCCUCGCCGCCCGGGAGGAGCUAUCCUGGCGUCGUGUCCCGCGGGGAAAAUGGUGGAGCCAGGGCAAGAUCUACUACUUGCCGCUUUGAGUGAGAGUGGGAUCAGUCCGAAUGACCUCUUUGAUAUCGAUGGUGGAGAUGCAGGGAUUGCCACUCCAACUCCUACCACGCCAGUGCAGCAGUCGGUGCCAUUUAGUCCAUUAGAGCUAGGUUUGGAGACAGAAGCAGCAGUUCCUGUUAAACAAGAGCCAGAGGCUGUACCUACUCCCGCACUGUUAAAUGUGAGGCAGCAGCCUCCAUCUACUACGACAUUUGUGCUGAAUCAGAUAAAUCAACUUCCAGCCUUAGGAUCUACAAUUGUAAUGACUAAAACACCACCUGUAACAACCAAUAGGCAAACCAUCACUUUAACAAAGUUUAUCCAGACUACUGCAAACACACGCCCUUCAAUCUCAGCACCAGUAGUCCGAAAUGCCAUGACUUCUGCACCUUCAAAAGACCAGGUUCAACUGAAGGACCUACUAAAAAAUAAUAGUCUUAAUGAACUUAUGAAAUUGAAACCACCUGCCAAUAUUGCUCAGCCAGUUGCAACAGCAGCUACUGAUGUAAGCAAUGGUGCAGUAAAGAAAGAGUCUUCUAAUAAAGAAGUAGCAAGAAUAUGGAUAAAUGACAUGAAAAUGAGGAGUUUUUCCCCAACCAUGAAGGUUCCUGUUGUUAAAGAAGAAGAUGAGCCAGAGGAAGAAGAUGAAGAAGAAAUGGGUCAUGCAGAAACCUAUGCAGAGUACAUGCCAAUAAAAUUAAAAAUUGGCCUGCGUCACCCAGAUGCUGUAGUGGAAACUAGCUCUUUAUCCAGUGUCACUCCUCCUGAUGUUUGGUACAAAACGUCUAUUUCUGAAGAAACGAUUGAUAAUGGCUGGCUAUCUGCAUUACAGCUUGAGGCAAUUACAUAUGCAGCCCAGCAACAUGAAACAUUCCUGCCUAAUGGAGAUCGUGCUGGCUUCUUAAUAGGUGAUGGUGCUGGUGUAGGGAAAGGCAGGACAAUAGCAGGGAUCAUCUAUGAAAAUUACUUGUUGAGUAGGAAAAGAGCCCUGUGGUUUAGUGUUUCCAAUGACUUAAAGUAUGAUGCUGAAAGAGAUUUGAGGGAUAUUGGAGCAAAAAACAUUUUAGUCCAUUCAUUAAAUAAGUUUAAAUAUGGAAAAAUUUCUUCCAAGCAUAAUGGGAGUGUGAAAAAGGGUGUUAUUUUUGCUACCUAUUCUUCCCUUAUUGGUGAAAGUCAGUCUGGUGGUAAAUAUAAAACUAGAUUAAAACAACUUCUACACUGGUGUGGUGAUGACUUCGAUGGAGUUAUAGUGUUCGAUGAGUGUCAUAAAGCAAAAAACUUAUGUCCUGUUGGUUCUUCAAAACCAACCAAGACAGGGUUGGCAGUUCUAGAGCUUCAGAACAAAUUGCCAAAGGCCAGAGUUGUCUACGCUAGUGCCACUGGUGCUUCUGAACCUCGCAACAUGGCCUAUAUGAACCGUCUUGGAAUAUGGGGUGAAGGAACUCCAUUUAGAGAAUUCAGUGAUUUCAUUCAAGCAGUGGAGCGCAGAGGUGUUGGUGCCAUGGAGAUAGUUGCUAUGGACAUGAAACUCCGAGGCAUGUACAUUGCUCGACAGCUUAGCUUUACCGGAGUGACCUUCAAAAUCGAGGAAGUUCUUCUUUCACAGAGCUAUGUUAAAAUGUAUAACAAAGCAGUGAAGCUGUGGGUCAUUGCAAGAGAGCGGUUUCAGCAAGCUGCAGAUUUGAUGGAUGCUGAACAGCGGAUGAAGAAGUCCAUGUGGGGUCAGUUCUGGUCUGCUCACCAAAGGUUUUUCAAGUACUUGUGCAUAGCAUCCAAAGUUAAAAGGGUUGUGCAACUUGCCCGAGAAGAAAUCAAGAAUGGAAAAUGUGUUGUAAUUGGUCUGCAGUCUACAGGAGAAGCUAGAACUUUAGAAGCCUUGGAAGAGGGUGGAGGAGAACUAAAUGAUUUUGUUUCAACUGCCAAAGGGGUGCUUCAGUCACUCAUUGAAAAACAUUUCCCUGCUCCAGACAGGAAAAAACUGUAUAGUUUGCUAGGAAUUGAUCUGUCAGCUCCAAGCAACAACAGUUCACCAAGAGAUAGUCCUUGUAAAGAAAAUAAAAUAAAGAAGCGGAAAGGUGAAGAAAUAACUCGAGAAGCAAAAAAAGCACGAAAAGUGGGUGGUCUUGCUGGUAGCAGUUCUGAUGACAGUGGAAGUGAGUCUGAUGCCUCUGACAAUGAAGAAAGUGAUUAUGAGAGCUCUAAAAACAUGAGCUCCGGGGAUGAUGAUGAUUUUAACCCGUUUAGAGAUGAGUCUAGUGAAGACGAUGAGGAUGAUCCCUGGUUAAUCAGAAAAGACCACAAAAAAAGCAAAGAUAAAAAAAAGAAGAAAAGUAUAGAUCCAGAUUCUAUUCAAAGUGCCUUAUUAGCAUCAGGUCUUGGAUCCAAACGACCUAGUUUUUCAUCCACACCAGUCAUCUCACCUGCUCCUAACAGUGCACCAGCUAACAGUAACACCAACAGUACCAAUAGCCUUAUAACAAGUCAGGAUGCUGUGGAAAGGGCCCAACAGAUGAAGAAAGACCUGCUUGAUAAACUAGAAAAGUUAGCAGAAGACCUCCCUCCUAAUACCCUGGAUGAACUUAUUGAUGAACUGGGUGGCCCUGAGAACGUUGCUGAGAUGACUGGACGAAAGGGGCGAGUAGUGAGCAACGACGAUGGAAGCAUUUCUUAUGAAUCACGAUCUGAACUUGAUGUGCCUGUUGAAAUACUAAAUAUUACCGAAAAACAGAGGUUUAUGGAUGGAGAUAAGAAUAUUGCUAUCAUCUCAGAAGCUGCCAGCUCAGGUAUUUCAUUGCAAGCAGAUCGGAGAGCUAAAAAUCAAAGGCGAAGAGUUCAUAUGACUUUGGAGUUACCGUGGAGUGCUGAUAGAGCGAUCCAACAAUUCGGAAGAACUCACAGAUCAAAUCAAGUUACUGCACCUGAAUAUGUCUUUCUGAUUUCUGAAUUGGCAGGAGAGCAAAGAUUUGCUUCUAUUGUUGCUAAAAGACUUGAGAGUUUGGGUGCGCUUACACAUGGUGAUAGAAGAGCUACAGAAUCUAGAGACCUGAGCAGAUUCAACUUUGAUAAUAAGUAUGGAAGAAACGCUUUAGAAAUUGUCAUGAAAUCCAUUGUCAACUUGGAUUCUCCUAUGGUGUCGCCACCUCCAGACUACCCUGGAGAGUUCUUCAAAGAUGUUCGACAAGGACUGAUAGGAGUGGGACUGAUCAAUGUAGAAGAUCGCUCAGGAAUCCUUACUCUUGAUAAAGAUUACAACAACAUAGGAAAGUUCUUAAAUAGAAUUCUGGGCAUGGAGGUGCAUCAGCAGAACGCCUUGUUCCAGUACUUUGCAGACACACUCACUGCGGUUGUUCAAAAUGCCAAAAAAAAUGGAAGAUACGAUAUGGGAAUACUAGAUCUUGGUUCAGGGGAUGAAAAGGUGAGGAAAAGUGAUGUGAAGAAGUUUCUAACUCCAGGGUACUCAACCUCAGGCCAUGUGGAAUUAUACACAAUUAGUGUGGAAAGGGGGAUGUCCUGGGAAGAAGCAACCAAGAUUUGGGCUGAUCUGACAGGACCAGAUGACGGCUUUUACUUGUCAUUGCAAAUAAGGAACAACAAGAAGACUGCCAUCUUAGUUAAAGAAGUGAAUCCUAAAAAGAAACUCUUCUUAGUUUAUCGGCCAAAUACAGGGAAACAACUCAAAUUAGAAAUCUACGCUGAUCUAAGAAAAAAGUAUAAGAAGGUGGUCUCCGAUGAUGCCCUGGUACACUGGUUGGAUCAGUAUAACUCAUCUGCAGAUACGUGUACACACGCUUACUGGCGUGGCAAUUGCAAAAAAGCAAGCUUGGGAUUGGUGUGUGAAAUAGGUCUUCGUUGCCGCACGUACUAUGUGUUGUGUGGCUCGGUGCUGAGCGUCUGGACUAAAGUAGAGGGUGUUCUUGCUUCUGUCAGUGGCACAAACGUGAAAAUGCAGAUAGUUCGGCUAAGAACAGAAGAUGGGCAACGAAUUGUAGGUUUGAUCAUUCCGGCAAAUUGUGUGUCUCCUCUUGUAAAUCUCCUGUCAACUUCAGACCAGUCCCAGCAGCUCGCGGUGCAGCAGAAGCAGCUGUGGCAGCAGCACCAUCCGCAGAGUAUUGCCAGCCUGAGCAACGCCUAGAGAACACAGCUUUCGGAGAUGCAAAAAAAAAUCAGGGACAGUUUCCAAAGAAUUAUAUAUUUUUUUCAGUUGUGCUCUCUAGUUAAUUUUGGGGGAGGAAGGGCAAACCUGGAAUAGAAAACCCGGAAGUCAGCGCCGCAGUGGUACACACAUCGUUCCUUUGUUUCCCUUUGGGCCACCCUUCUGCUCUUGGUUGCUGUGAGCAGAGGGAGGAGGGUGCAUGUGUGUGUGUGUGUGUGUGUAUGUGUGUGUGUGUGUGUGUGUGUGUACAUGCGCACGCGUGCGCAUGAAUGUGUGUCUAUCUGUCUGAAUUUGUUAAAGGCUACAAACCACAAUUGGUUUAAAAAUGCUUGGAACUUCCCAAACUGGCUUUACUUUCUGUUCCUCAGUGCUCAGGGUUACGCAGCACACCCCGCCCUGCGCGCCGGGUGUCCCCAUGCAUGUGUUUCCAGUCUAAAUAGAGAAAAUAUAUAUUGGUUUCUUUUUCAAACUUAAACAAUAGGUUUACUAAAGCAUGAGAUGAGAGGUUGCAUAUCAUGCCUUCAGGUUCUUUUGCAGUUUUUGUUUCGACAGUGCAUGUCUUUGAGAGCAUGCGUAAACAAGAUUAACACAGAAGUCAAUAUGGGA